AUGCAACACAACAAGGCGACUACCGAUCGAGUGGACUUCAGUAGAAGUCCACAGGCAUUACCGGAGCCUAAUUGUCCUCGGAAAACAAUAAAGACUGGGUAUCCAAAACGAAAUCAUCCUCAUGUAGACGACAAUCAUUCAGUGGGCACUAUUUCAACUUCAUAUUCCAAAGCUCAUUCUGCAACCUUUUCAGCCCCUAAUUUGGACUUCCACAUGUAUUCUCCAUCGGCAACCACUCCAACUAUAUCGCGAGCUCAAAGCCCCACGCGCAUGACCUCUGCACCGCAUCAAGCCAUGGAGCUUGAUCUUGCUGGGAUAGGAGACUGUGUCAAGGCAUUACCCUCAGAUAAGUUCGUAGCAGACUUACCGAUUCUUGUGCGGAAUACCGACUUGUCGGGACGCCAUGUUCCCAGUGAUCGGGAUGAAGCUACCGAACUAUCUUCUCUCACAGCUGAUAUCGAUACUAAGACUGAGGCACCGGUAGGCUUUCAAGAAUCUGACUCGGACUCUGAUAUGGCUCACUCUUAUCUUGAUCUUGAGAAAGCCGCCAGCAUUGCAUUAUCUCGGUGUUUUGGGGUUUGCCUUGACCGGCUUAGUCGUCCCGCUCGAGUAAUUGAGGCGUUCGCUGGGUUCAAAGAACAAUGUGCCGGAAUUCUUGAGGAAGACGAGUCUUUUUCAGCUAUCGACUGGGAUGACGAUGGCUUCUCCUGCUAUGAUGUCGAAGAAGGCGAAAUUAAUUCUGGCAAUUCUGCCUGUGGCGAGACUUCAAACCAAGCUCAACCUAUUGAGACAAGAGCAAAGAAGCGACCAGCCGGAGACCAGGGAGGAGAUGAUGACUUUGACGACGUCGGCAACAGCCCUGGUCGAGGACAGGGCCCUACAAAGCGAGAACGCAACAAGAGGCGAAGGAUCGGGUGUCCAGAAGAAUUCAGCUGUCCCUUUCGAAAACGUAAUCCCAGGAGAUUCAACGUUCGGGACUUUGACGCUUGCGCGAAUUUAUCCUUCCGGGACAUGACAAGUUUGAAGAGACAUGUUAGUCUGCAGCACGGUAAUGGGUCUUGUCAGUAUUGUCAGCAACCGCGAACAGCCGGUGAAGAUCAUCCACCUAACGUUUGCCUUCGCAAUCAGCAGAUGGAGACAUAUCUCCACCGACAAGACCCAGAAGCCGGUGUAAGCAAACGUGUAGAUGAUAUUUUGAAAAGCAGAACUGCUGGCUCCAAAAUCAAAAAGUGGUCUGAGUUGUGGCAUUUAAUUUUUCCAGAGGAUGAAGUGGUGCCAUCCCCUCACUUCGAGCCUUUGAUCGAGCACCACGAUGUAGCAGAUGAAGGAUGCAACGAAUUCGUUGUGGAAACAGCCCAAGACAUUACAGGUUUCUUAAGCAAACAUCUCGAUCUCUCUUGGCAGGGUCAGAUGAGCACUACCACUUUGCAUUCGCUCAAAGAAAUCAUACAUAAAAGGACAAGAACUCUUCUCAAGGGCUCCAAGUAUGCCGUCUAUGACCGUUACGAGUUAACAGAGUGUCAUCAUAUGCCUCUAAACCCAAGCUAUAACCCUAUGCCAAAAGGUCGAUGUGUUGGUUCGGCAGUGCAUGACAUCAAUAGCACCGCAUCGGAUGAUGGUGUGUCGCCAGUUAUUAUAGUCACUCCACAAACUUCUCCGCCAGAAGCAGACGCAAUAUCGAAUAAUAAGCCGACGGGCUUAAAACCUUCUUCUUCAACCAUUACUGGAAGAUUUAUUGCACCUAAGCAAGAACUAGGCUUUUUAUCAAGCAUUCCUCAAGAGGCUUUCCUAGGGCCUCAUGCACUUUUGCAAGAUGGGCCUGCUAGAUCCUAUGAAGGUAACCAGGCUCUCGGAGUCCCUAAUCCGCAUGCUGGGGAUACUUCCAUGAACCAGAGCCAUUGGCCAAGCUUCACAACGCAGGACUGGGACUGUAUUCCGAGAGAGAGCUCUAUAGAUAUGGGUUUCGAAACUGUAAACGCUGAAGACUUUCCUAUGUCAUUCAUAAGCCCAGAUCUAGCUUUUGAAUUUUAG